AUGGCUACGAGUUUGCAGGCGAAAAUUGAGAGUUUGGGCGAAAAAUUACGGGAAGAAAACAAAUUAAGGGAAUGUGAACUGCUGGAAAAAGAUGUUCAACAAUCCACCUGCCCAAAGAAGCCUCUUUUGAGUCUCGAUCUACCAACGAGUACCCGUCAACGUCGACCAGGUGAGUGGAUUGUAAAUCUAUAGGCCACCAUGAAAUCUUCAACAGACGUUCCAGUGUAUUUUGUCUUUGUGGAAUUUAGCUUGUUUUGUCGGUGACUAAGAAUUAGAGUGACAGGAUUUUGUAGUGUGAUUACGGUGUUUUCGCGUUUUAAAAGCCAAAUUUUUGGAUAAAGAUCUUGCAAGUGCGUGCGUUUAAUGAGUUUAAUACUGGUGUUUAUACUUCUUUGUAUACUAAAAGAACUUGGCAGAUGGUCAUUCAUAUAUUUGAAUGAGGUGUUAUAAAAUUCAAUUUGAAUGUGUCGUAGCUUUCUCUAACGUAAGUUAGAAUGUAUGUCAAGAUGUGAUUAAUAAGUUUCGAUAGCUUUUAAUAGCUUGAAUAAAGGCCAAUGGAGCUCAGUUAAAAACGUGUUUAAUCUUGUUUGGUAGAUUAGAGUUCGUCUCUGUUCUAUUCAACAGUAGUUGAAAUAUGGAACAGAAAAGGGAUUAUCAAUAAAUCUUUCAUGUUAGUUUACUGUUUCGUUUGUACUGAUAACAGUGUUUGAAGAAAGGAAAAAGAUGUUAAGUAAUGUAUCAGUGAAUGUAAUAAAAAGCACCCAGUUACUGGAAGAAAGGCAGUGUUUUUAGCUUAAAGAAAGGGAUAUUAGUAUUGCUAUACAAGGUACAUAAAUUAAUUUGCAUGGUAAUCAUAUUAAAAACAAAAAUCAAAACAUGCAAAAUGAUUUGUUGUUAGUUCUAUAACACCAGGCUACACUAAGAAAUUCCCUAUAAAUGCUGUAAUUUUAUUGCUUCCAGUAAGUAAGUGAAUGAAAGAGCUCUGAUCUGUUCUAUCUUAUCUGCCACAGGCAAUUUAUGUGUUCCAUCCCAGCCAAGGUCAGGAAGACAGCGCCGUUGUCUAAGAGCAACAGGAAGUCGAAACAAAGAUGAUGACAGGUACAGGAUAUUUUAUUAUUUUUAUUAAUUUUCUUUGCAUAAAAUAAUGAUAUCGUCAAUUAGUCUUAACAAAUUAUAUAUACAUGGUAAUAUUCUUGUGGGCAAUGAUAGGUUAGUUUAUGUCUUUUGAGGUUCAAUCUUAUUGUUGGUUCAAAUUUUAUUUUCCUUUUUUAUGAGCAUUAUUAUGUAUGAGAAUGAGUGUGAAGCAAAAGAAAAUGAAAUGAAAACCAGGGAUAAAAUUGAACUACAACAUAUAAAUAGUGUGGGAAAAGCAAUCUCUUGGAGUAUUUCUUCUACAUUUUGUGUGCAUUACACUGUAUAUGCUGUCCAAGUGAGAAAUGUCAUAGUACCGGUAAUUCUUUUUUUUGGUGUUUUAUAAUCUAUUUGGAAACCAGAAACCUUCAAAUAAAGAUCUCAGAAGCCUUCAAGAACACUCUUUAUUUGACCUUUGUGACUUUUUAGGUUUUACUCUACAGAGGAAGUGCUCAAAGUAACCACAGCUAUUUUCAGGUUUAUGAUACAACAUACACUGUUAAUAUACAUACAAAUCUAGAAUACAAUAGGCAUGACAAUGAUCAAUUUGGUCUGAAUUACAAGUCACUAGUGCGUAGUAGAUGUUUCCUGUAUCCCCUUCUUUUAGUGUUGGGUUUGUCAAGACCACAAUAUUAGCAAUAAAUUAAGUUGUUGUUUUUUUAGACGUUUAAUAUUAAUUUGCAAUUAAGUUGCUGUUUUCUACACUGCAGUGCACAAAUUGAAAUAAAGCUUCAAGAAAUUACCAAACAGACUGGAAUCUUAAAGCUAAAGGAUGCGGUUAGUAAAAAGACAGUUUACAUUGUAAAUUACAGUAGUUGUAACUAAGGUAAUUAUAUUUUUCAUGUUGUCUCAAUUAAUUUUCCUAAGGCAGGAGCACUGUAAAUAUAUAUUUGGUGGUUCAAUUUUAUCCUUGGUUUAAAUUAUUGUAUUUCCCCUUGUUUUAAACUCAUUAUCAUGCAUUACCAUACCCAAAAACAAAGGGAAAAAAAAUACGAACCAAGGAUGAAAUUGAACUAUAAUAUGCAGUAUACAACAAACAUUAAUGCCAUGUAAUGGAAUUUUUUUUAUAAAGCUUACAAGUACAGUGUUUUUGUAUGUCCAUCAGAGCUUUGGUUUUACUAUUGAUGAUUUGGAGACCAUUGAAGAGAUUGGAAGUGGAACAUGUGGCCAAGUGUGCAAGAUGAAGCAUAAACAAACAGGAGAUGUCAUGGCAGUCAAGGUACAGACCAUAGACUGUUUCCCUGCAAUUAGCAAUACUUGACUUCCUCAAUUAAAGUAAUUUCCUUAAGCAGGUGUGGUUAGAACUCCAUGUAUACAAUGAAUAGCCCUAUUGACUGGAACAUCCAUGACAGUUAAAAAAGCAAACAGUUCAUUAGACAAUUUUUUUUCCAAAAGAACGAUGUUGUACAGUCGCAUAGUCGUUCAAAUGUUUACAUCGUCUAUCAGUGCUUGUAGUGCUGUGUUCUGUAACAGUUUGAAUUGCAUUGCCUAACUUACAUACGAUGAUAACUUUUACCUGCAAACAGAAAAUGCGACGGAGUCAAAACAAAGAAGAACAGAAGAGAAUUCUAAUGGACCUUGAAGUAGUUAUGAAGUGCCACAGCUGCCCGUUCAUUGUCAAUUGCUUGGGAUCAUAUAUUUCCAGAGUGAGUCCCUUGUUGUUAAUUUUGAAGGUUACUGACUUUGGUUCAUUUAUUAUUUUUGUAUCCCGUUUUAAAACAGGCUGUUUUUUCGGUGUUGUCUUUGUAAUGGUAACAGGACUGAGUGGAGUCCAAUUCGGUCUGUAAUCAUAGGAGUGAUUAACAAAAUCGGACGACCGUGUAGGGGAAAUCCGAUUUGUUUGAUCACGAGUAUGAUUACAGACCGAAUUGGACGACACGAAGUUCUGUCACCAAUUAAUCAUAACUUUAACAAAGUUUGUGAUAUAAUAGGCUAUUUUUUACAUCAAAACACAGGAAAUUCGACAUUUUGUUUUGCUAACAUUGAAAAAAAAAGCCAUUUAAGUGCGCGCUUGAUGGCGCGUACUGCCCAAUUUCUUAGGCAUGACGCAUACUGUCCUAUUAAAGUGUCCAAUUAAGGCUGAAAUCAGGGCAGUUGACAGCCAAUCAGAUUUGACAAUUUUGUUACAGUUAUGACUAUCACUAAAACUGCAACCUUAUCAGAAUGCAGCUUCAGGAUUUUGCUUCUGUGCAAAGAAAUGCUAUUUCUGAUACUUCAAAAUGAUGCCAUCAUGGAAAUGUCCACGUUUUUUCAGCUGAAUUUGCCUAAAUGUAGAUUUAGAACCUUAUUGAAGCAUGAGUACUAUUUUAAUUUAUCGGGGUUUUAUUUACAUGUAUUUGUGUAUUAUUUUGGUAGUCUGAUGUGUUUAUUUGUAUGGAAUUGAUGACAACAUGCCUGGAUAAGUUAAUGAAGAAACUUAGUGGACCAAUUCCAGAAGAGGUGUUGGGGAAAAUAUCAGUUUCUGUAAGUAUUGUGUCUAAUGCAUUUACAUGUAACAGUUUGUCAUUUACAUGUAAGGAGUCUUUAAUACUGUUGAACUUAAAUACAUGUAACUUUGCAAAAUUAAUUUCACAUUCAUCUGUUUUUACAUGUAAAAUGUACAAUGUAUGUUUUGUUUUCCUACUACAGACCAUGUGAUGAUAGCCCAAAAAAUUCUCUUUUUCAAAAGAGUGUUGUCUUAUCCACAUGCAUGCAUGAUUUAUGAAAAGAUAAAAGGCAAAUUACCUUAAGAACAUAUCAAGUGGUAUGAAUUGGAAAAACAAAACAUACAAGCUGUAAAGGUCUUUUAAUGAUGUGCUCCAAGUAACAUACAAGCAGAGUUUGUAACCAGUACUCAGUGAGUUCGUUUAAUUGACUGUUCAAAUAAUAGUACAUGUAACAGUAUAUUACGUACAUUACAGUUUUCUUCACAAUUUUCUCAGCAACAUUUUAGGCAAUGAAGUGUACACUUUUUGCGGUCUUUAAGCAAGGCAGAUACUUGUAUUUCAUUGAAUUUAAAAACAACUUUAUUGGUGAAAAUUUGAGAAUAGAACUUGUAUAAUUAUAAGUCUGAAAUCCAGAUUAGCUGAAAUUUGUUAGUGCCAAAUGCCCCAGAAGUUCUUUAAUCCACAUAAAGAAGCUCAUGUGGAAACUUUAUGUCACACGGUGGAUUUUACAUUGUUUAUUUAUGCAUGUAUCUCCUACGGGGGAGGCCUUCACUGUAUUGAUGUAUGAGAUGUUUCGUUUGUAUAUGUACAUGUGUCCAUGUUUUUCUCAGAUUUUGUUUAAUUCUGUGAUCCUAUACGAACAUGGCAAGGCCAGGGAAAAUCAGUUCUUUAGCAGUGAGGGUAACUUUAUAUUAAAUUAUUGUAAUCAUUAUGUACAACAUGUUUGCAGUAAGUGUGUAUUCUGUUUCAGAUUGUCAAAGCUUUAAAUUAUCUCAAGGAGACUCAUGGAGUCAUGCACAGAGGUACAUAGACUGUAACUAUACCAGUCAGACAAUAAUGCCAUUGCAAUUGUGUGAUUGGAUGCAAUUUGAGAUCAGUUAUUGUCUUACAAAUCACAUCCAAUCACAUAGUCCACAAAAGAUUUCACCUGGACAACACAACUAAUAAAAAAUAAUGCUUUUUAAUUUUAAGGUACUUACAUAAACAUUAGUUUGAUAAAAUCAUGUAGACCUCUUGAAAUUUUGAAUCAAUUUAGGUUUCUGGGAAACUGCCCACCUACAGUACCGCUCAAAAGUAAGUUGACACUCGAAGCUCGAAACUUGAGACUCGAUCCUCGUGUCUCGAAGCUUGAACACUUCGAGUUUCAAGAUGGGAGGAUCGAGUCUGGAGACAAAAGAACAAAGAAUUGCGGCUGUAUACUGUGCAUGAGCGAUAUUAAUACGGUCGUUUCUAGUAUAAGUUGUUUCGUUGUUGUUUACUUUUUGAAAGCUAUUACAAAUAUGUGUCUUGCCUUCAGUUCUAAAAAGCAAGUUUCAAAAGGACUAUUAACAGGAGACCAGAAGCGAACAUUUUCGCUUUCAAAGCGCAAACUUCGUUUAUACGAAAGCGAACGAGUCUCACCCAAUGCGCGGAGCGGUGAUUUUUAGAAUGAAACGUAAGUGUACACUUUUAGAGAGAGCGCUUUCUCGACUCAAAAUUUAAAACUCAAUCCUCGAUCCUCGAUCCUCAAUCAUCGAAACUUGAGACUCGAUUCUCUAGACGCGAGACUCAAUCCGCGAAAGUUUCAAGAAUCGAGAAUCGAGUCUUGCGUCUUGAGGAUCGAGACGUGAGUGACUGUCAACUUACUUUUGAGCGGUACUAUACCCCUCCCCUAAAUCAACAUUUUUGCCCUAAACAAGAAGUAAGUGUUAAUUUUGGCUUAGGGGAGCGGUAGGUGGGCAGUUUCCCAGAAACCUAACUUGAUCCGAAAUUUCGAUACAGUCAACUGUCUCUUAAUGGACACCUCGUUAUAACGGACACCUACACUUUGUCUCUGCCUUUCUUUAGUCCUUUUAGUUGACUCUCUAUGAGGUGGACAUUUCUGUAAGACAGACACAAUAUAGUGCUGGCUCCAAAGGUGUCUGCCUCAGAGAGAGGUGGCUUGUAAACACUUAAUUUGUAAUUUAGCAUUGCUAAUAACAAGCAAGAUAUAAAAAUAGGAAAUAAAAUGUAGAUAGUAAAAGAUAACUUAAGCCAAGUCACUGUAGGCUUCUCUGAAGUAGUACUUUUGUACAUGUAUGUCUAAAGUAGUUUUUAAGACUUAUAAAAAUAUUAUUAUUCUCAUUCCUAAUGUAGUCCUCUAAAUAAUUUGUGUAAGUGAAAAAAACAAAACUUUCAAGUGGAGUGUACAUCAAGUCUGUAUGCUUACUUAGGUCCAGUUUUGUGAAAUACACCUUGAACCCCAUUUACAUGUAUGUGACAAACCAAGAGUCAUGAAGAGUUUGUUGUAUUAAUGAGGUGGUCAUACAUUGUAUUACUGAAGUUGACUAAAGAAAGAAUAGUAAGGGUGGUCAAAAUUUAUUGUGGCAUACCGUAGGGUUAUAAAAAGGACAAUAAAUAAACUUGUUCUGUUGUUUCUCCGAUGAGAGUGUGCAGACUUUAUUCUGUUCAUUGCUAGAUGUGAAACCAUCCAAUGUAUUGCUGGAUCAGAACGGUGCAGUGAAACUUUGUGAUUUUGGCAUAAGUGGUCGAUUGGUGGAUUCUAAAGCCAAAACAAGAAGUGCUGGGUGUGCGGCUUAUAUGGCGGUAAGUUUUGUGCUAAGGUUGUCAUUAGAGCUUUUCCUGAGAGUGACCAAAAUCAGUUUUCUCCUAACAACAUCAAAAGCUAAUCAAGAUAAAAGGUUAUGACAGUUAAUAAAAAUAAAUGGCAAUUUAAAGGAUCACAUUCUCUCAACUAAUAAUAAGGAAAUAUGUGGAUAUGGGGGCUCUAGCUUUUAAACCUUUAAACCCUAAGGUCAAAAUUUGAAUUCUCAUUUGUUGCCCCUAUUCAUUUCCUACAGAAGUAGUGGGGAGAAGUUGAUAAAAUAUCAAGCAAAUUCAUAUCUUGUGUGAUCAUGUCCUUAAUUCUCAUGACCACUCUGUUUUACAAAGCAUUGAUAUUACAAGGAGAAAUUUGAUGCUGAUCACUCUUAUGGCUUAAAGGGUUAAGUGGCUCUUUCUAGCAGCUUCAGUGGUUCAUUAACUGGUUUAUAUCAAAAGGUUAUCAAAACGUGUAAGGGACGGGUCAAGACAUUGUUUCCCUUAUAAAGGUGAUAUGUAAUUCUUACCAUCGCACAUGUCUCAACAGCCUGAGCGUAUUGACCCUCCGGAUCCAAUAAAUCCAGAUUAUGAUGUCAGAGCAGAUGUGUGGAGCCUGGGAAUAACUCUGGUGAGGAGAGCAAAUUUAUGUAGACAAUAAUUCCGCAGAGUUUGUUAAAGAAAUGUUCAAUUGUAUGUGUUAGUAUACCCAACUUCAGAAGGUUUAUCUGUGCAUGCUUACCGAUAUGUUGCUAAUGUAUCGGUCAAAUCGAAGCUUCAACAUGCCCCCCCCCCCCCGGGCAUACCCCGGGCAUUUGACACCUUUGCCAUCCCGGGGGGGAGGGAAUUUGAUUAUCAGAGUCUUCCAGGGGGUGGGGAAUUUGAUCCCCAUGCUUUAGGGGUGGGGGAUUUUAACUGCACCCUCGAUUUCAUGUAAAAUCUUUGGUGUGGCGAGCUAUCAUGGGGGACGCGGUGUUAGAGGAUUUUCGUGGAAAAGAUUGUGCCUUUGUGGCCAAUUGGUUGCAAGGAAAGGGCUUAAACAAGCUCUGUGCCAUAUUUGAAGUAUUUAAAUUUUAAAAUUUUUAAUAUUGGAUUCAGGCUUUGAAUGUAUGACUGUAUUUUAUUGUUGUGUUUACAAUGAAAUACAAUACCUAUACCGGCGAUUCAAUACAACAACAUAAAAUAAAAUAAAAAGCUCAGGUCAACUACUUUGACCUACUGCAAGUAUGUUAAUUAAUAAGGUGAGCGAUGAUGCAUGUCAUGUAGUAAUCUCAAUAGGUGGGAUCUUUUUUUUAUAGAACGCUUUGUAUGUUGCAUGACGAAAAAAAGCUGAGCAUUCAGUUAUCUUGUAGCAGCGAUUUCCGCCGCUUUGCAUAAGACUUUUGUUCGUAGUAAAUACGCUAACAGUGUUUCUCAGUUUUUGUUAUAUUUAUAAAGAAUUUGCUCUACAACUGAACAUUUCCACCGUCUUUCUGUCAUUUUUGUGCCUGUGAAAUGUCCCCGGGGUGGGGGCAUUUGAUCACCUGAAUGGACCCUAGUGUGGGUCAUUUGAACGGCAUUUUGGCCCGGGUAGGAGGGAAUUUGAACAAUAAUUUUCAAAAAAGUCAAAUGCCCGGGGGGUUGCCCGGGGGGGGGGGGCAUGUUGAAGCUUCGAUUUGACCGAUACAUAAGACCUGUAUGUAUGACUGUGAUUUUUUAACAAAUAGUUUUGGUGAGUCUUAGGACUCAUCUCGCAAAAAAUCAUGAAUCCUAGUCCAGAACCAUCGAGUCACAGUUCAAAAAACAAUGAGUUCGAAACUGAAUUUUUUGGGGCCUUUAUGUAACCAUGCAGACAAUUAAUCUGAAGACAGACUACAAAACUCUGUAUUACAGUUUACUGGAAUAAAUAUCUCCUUCUAUCGUAAAGCAAAACAAAGACUAAAAGAAAUAUACCUCGUUAAACAACAGCCGCAAGAACAGCCACAGAAAUCACACGAACAGGAUAUUCUACAAAAACAUCUUCAGAUCGAUCGGUCGAUGUUUGCGUCCCCGGCGACGCAUCCAAUGAAUUAUUAAUUUUUGCGUUUUGGCGCUUUUUUGUGCGUCAGGGACGCAGGACGUAGAGGUGACAAAACAAAAUCAUUGAGUAUGAGCAGGAAGACAUAAACUUUAAUUUUUUAUUAUUAAACAAAUGUUUUGUGCUGUUUGUCUUAUAUUCCAACAGUGUUCAGCAGUCUUUGCUCAUUCUUUUUUUAAUUUUUUUCUUUUUACCUUAACGAAUUAUCUGGCCCGUUUUUGCCCUGUUGUGCAUUGUAGUGUAAAUUGCUACGGUAGCAAAACGAACAAAACAUGCAUACAUUUCGUUACAGCUAGCACACGCGCAAACGACCUGCUGCGUACAGAAUACCUUACAUAGAACUCUACUCAAAAGAUUCAUGGUGGUUUGGUGUCUUUCUCUAUUUAUUUACAGUAGCUUUGCAGCUGUAUGUUGUGUUCCUCUGUUUCAGGUUGAGCUUGCCACAGGAGAGUUUCCAUACAGGAACUGCACCACAGAGUUUGAAGUGUUGUCUCGUGUCAUGAGUGAGGAUCCCCCUGAGCUACCUAAGGACGGGAAAUUUUCCAAGAACCUCAAUACAUUCGUGAGGACUUGGUAAGUGGAGAUCAAUUUUUUAUUAUCAGGGACACCCAACGUCAAUUUUCGGAAAAUAUCUGUUCGGAAGACGAUUUGAGAUCUAGAAUUUUCGGAACAUUUGUUGUAAAGUUUGUUGCUUGCCUGCCUCCCCUUGCCCAUUUUUAACGGAUUUUUAACCUAAAAAGGUCACCUAGAAUUUUCGGGAGCCUUUUUUCUGGCUGAAAUCUUCGAAAAGGUAAAUUUUGAUCCCUAUAAUUAUCGGAUCUCUAGACUUUCAGCUAGGAAAUCCGAACAGAUGAAAAAUUUUUAUGGGAUAAAAAAAUGCCUAUAUCUACUGUUUAAAAACUAAAAAUACGUUUAACAAUGUUGUGUUUAAGUGGUUUUUAACUUUUUUCUCGUUGGGUGCCCCUGAAUCAUGUCAGUAAGACUUACUGACCAUACAAGGUACAUGUGAGAUAGUACAUGCGUCGCACAAUGGUUAAGUGAGCUUUGAGGCUUUGAGGCUACGACCGAGAAUGCUCGGAGGAUGCGCCGAACUCAGCUGCCGCUGACCGCCAUGAGCAUAUCGGCUGAUCUUUGUUGUUAACUCAGUUCCGAAUUGCUUUUAACCACAUGAAAAAUUUUGCCCCUCAAUUAAAACUCGAAAAGAGACCAUAUCGCAAAAAGUAGCGACCCAUUCAAAAAAAAAAUAUGAAGAAUGUGUUGUAUUCAAUACCUAAGCUAAGCUGAACUUAAUACACUGUACUUUUUUCAGUGAUUACUGUGAACAAUCAAGUCCUAUUUUGUUGGUUUGCUUCAAGUUUCUGUAAAUCAGCAAUAUUAUAACAGAGAUGUACUUUCCCAUCUUUUUAGCUUGGUGAAGGACUACAGACACAGACCAAAGUAUAAUAAAUUAUUGGUAAGUACUGUUUUUUUGUUAAACUGUAUGGUGUGUAAUUUCGAUGCGCUUUGAGAUUUUCCUUCGCCCUAAAAAGACUGGCGUCUACUACGCUGGCUAAAUCAGGUACAUGUGGCUUGCGAAAAGUUUUGCCUAAUUCGGACUUUUUUUUUGCCUCAACGGUCGAAGCUUCAUAUAUCCAAAGUCAGUUCGAUAUUAAUGUUAUCCCAGCGAACAAGGAUCAACACUCAAAUAUUUAGCCUCAUCGAUGGAAAACCCUUUUGAUUUUAUGUGUUUUUUGCUCCCGCGGCCAAAGACGUUACAGCUGAAAUUUUAGCGACAAACCUUCUUCUUUCUUCAUCUCAGCGUAAUGUUAUAAUUACAUUCUCAUUUUCCCUAAUAUUAUCCUCUUUAUAAGUGCAGUGCUGUUGUACCUUCAGCGCUAACGUCGAUACUCACCUCUGCACUGAAACGGCCAGUAGAUACAUUUCGUAUUAUGCUCGGUACCUUCUCUCUUGCUACCCUUCGUGCCAGAGACUACUGCGCCGUUUCGGCGUCGUCUCUCGUGGCUCCGGACUUCGGCCGAACAUCUGUCGGCCGACAAGAAGCAUACUCAGGGUACUUUCCUACCAAACCUUAAACACUGUUACUUUUUUGUUUAACAGAAGCAUCCCUUUAUUCUUGGAUUUGAACAUAAAGAGGUCAAUUUAGCGGGCUGGCUUGCUAGUGUUCUUGAAGAUUCACACUUUCCUGGGACGGAAGUUUAGAGAGCGGUACCCAUAGAAUUAAGGCGCAGAUUUAUUAUUAUAAAAACAAAGAUUCUUUAGUUCAGAGAAGACAUGUAUUGUGGAAAACAAAAUUGUCCUAUAGUUAAAGUUGGGUUCUCAUCGUUUUUUUAUGUUUCUUGUAUAGUUCACAUUUGACCAUGAAAUCAUUCGAUAAAUGCUGUAUAAUUGUUGCAAGAAAAUUUAUAUUAUUUUUUGUAGACGACAAAAGUGAGUUUCUGCUUUGUCAUUUCGAUUAUUGAUGUGUACGGAACAUGAUUCUAGUAGAAGAAACAAAUUAUCAGACUUUUCAAAGUUUUCUCUGAGAGAAAGUGAACCCAAUUCUGAUUUUUAAAAAAGACAAAGAAAAAAGCUAGUGUAAAAAGAGGCAAUGUCAUCCAUUUUGCUCUCACUCUGAAAAGACACGUUUUCCGGGGGGAACAUUAAAUUGUCUAGUUUCGAACUAAAUACGUUUAGGCUACUGUUGUAUAAAA